UUUGUUUACAUGGAUACCAUUGUCUGUAAUGUAACUUCACUUCCAAAUUUUUCAGAAGUCAUAUACCCUAAUGAUAAGGUUACCAUUGUUUUCAAAUCCAGGACAUGUUAAAUUUUUUCACACUAUACCAGGACAUUAAAAUUGUUUUGCGCGGUGGGUCGUCCGAAACAAUUAGUUGUAAUUACGCGGAGAGCUCUUCAUUGAACUUCAUUCAGUGACUCCGUAUUUUAAAACACAAUAUAUCUUAUCGUGGUGCCCAUUUGGAUUAAUUAUAUUUGUGUAAUUGUGUCACCUAUUUAUGCCUGUAUAUUAGAUGUAGUCGAUCUUGCCAUUAAUUAAAAAAAAAAAUUUUUUAAAUAAAAUUUUGUUGUGGUGUCAGCUCCCGAAAAAGCAGGAUUAAACGUUUUUAAAAAACUAAUUAAACCGAACUGUCCUGGUAAAAACAGUACAAAUGUUUACCUGACCUACUGACGACAUGAUGUGAUUUACAUUUUGAUUUCGGCAUAUCAUUUCUUAGGGGAGCUUAUAAAUUAAAAAGAAAAGAAAAACACGUCUACUUUGCACCUUUUAUUAUUAGUGGUACUUUUAGGAGAUGGCAUCUUUUUGUUGAUUUGAUGUAUUGUUUAACUGUUACUUUUUUCCCCUUAGGCACCAAGCUUUUAUUUUAUAUCUCGUUAGCUGCUUAGCACGCUUUCUCCACAACCCAAAUAAAUCCUUUUUAAAAAAAUAAAAAGACAACAUCAACAAACAAAACAGUUUUGGUGGUGGGAUACAACUAAUUUAUCAUCUUGUAAAUGUAAGUUUGCAUCACAAAUAGUUUAAACAUUUAUAUUUCAGACAAUGUCAAACUCAAGUAAAUCAACAGUUGUGCCCCUUGCGGCAGAAGGCUUUGGUUCUGGUGGGAAAAAUUACGAUGCCAAUCGUCCAGGAUAUUCAGAGGAGACAGUGGAUCUAAUAGCUUCUACAAUCAAAACAUUGUCGUCUGAAAUAAGCACCCACACUCUGAAAUACGAUGUGUUGGAGCUAGGAGCAGGGACUGGGAAGUUAACUGAACUACUAAUUAAGAAGCUGCCACAGAAGAUCAGAUAUUUCGCCACGGAGCCAUCAGAAAACUUUCUCGAAGUUUUAACAGAGAAAAAGUUGAACGUUGAUGUGGGAGUUUCAGCAGCAGAUGAUAUCCCGCUCCCAGACGCUUCAGUGGGAAGCGUCGUCUGUGCUCAGUGUUUUCAUUGGUUCGCGGAAGAAAAAGAUAUUGCGAGCAUCCGACGUGUCCUUGUUCCUGGUGGUAGGCUCAUCCUCGUUUGGAAUGUUAAAGAUUUCAGCAGAGACUGGAUGCAAGCGUUUUACGACCAGAGGCUGGAGGUCUUGAAGAGAGUCGGAGAAUCCCCUAAAUACUGGGUGAACUCGGAGGAGUGGCGAAGGAAUAUUGACAUCUGCUCCUCGUUCAAAUUAUCCGAUCAACACUCAUUGCCGGGGAUCAACUUCGGAGGAGGUCUUGAGAAGGUCUUGUCCAACCUCACCACUGUGUCAGCUUACAAUAUGCUGGGUGCCGAAGAACGCGACGCCUACGUUGAUCAGCUGAGGAAGCUUCUUACAGAAUGGCCUGGGCUGGACCUGGAAAGCAUGGAGAUACCAUUCACAACAGAGCUGUAUGUAUACAAGGCUCUGUAAAUUCUCUAAUAUAUUUUUACUGUGUCAUCAAUCCCUUUCAAGGUCCUGAACCUCAGACCAGACGCCCAUGAAAUAGUUAUCACUCUGGGUAAAACUGGCGCAACAGUAAGUUUGUCCGUCAUUUAUCCAGUGCUAAUUAUUAUUUAAUAUUAAUCAGUGUUGCAUGAUUUUAAAAUAGCUUUUAAAAAACAUGUUUAAAAGAUGGAAACUUUUCAGGGAAGGCAAAUGAGCGAAACAAAUAAUGGGAAAACCUUGCCAAAAAAAAUGACUUAACAAAACAAUGAAUGUGUUGGCAAGAAGCCUUCUUCAGUGGAAAAACAUCAGUACAAACAAAAUGAUAUUAAAAUAGCACUUAGCUGUAUGUAUACGAGGCCCAGUAAAUUAGUGAGGAGAGCAAGCGGAGUGUACACUAAAUACCACAACAUAACUACUGUAAUAAUUAAAUAUUAUUAAUGGAUUAUUUUAUUUUCCAUUUGGAGACUAUUAUAAUUAAUCUUAAUUUUUGUUGAAAUUUAUAAUGCAACAUGAUUAAGGCUCAUUGGGAUGAAUAUGAUGUUCCUGGUUAUGGUUAUGUAAAUGUAUGUGUGUCAUACUGUGAAUAACCUGCUAAAUUCCGAUGUAUACCCCAUUUUUAUUUAAUAAUUAUUAUAAUUAUUGUCUUAAAAUGAAUAAACUGUAAAAUCCAGAGUUGUAUUACAUGUUUAUUGAAGGAUUUUCAUACUUUGGAUGGCCUGCUAAACAUCCAUGGAUGACUAACAUAUGAAGAGUCCAAUUGCAAACCCUGCUAAGUCACUUUAGAUUGAUUUUGAGAAAAACACAUGGGUUGACAAUUUUAAUUGGGUUACAUUGGCGUAACAAUAACAACAAUGUAUUUAAGGUGGGGACGCCAUCUUGCAUAAAGUAAUAAAAUUUUAAAAUAUAAACAUUAUCAGCAGAGGGAUCCUUUAAAUCUGGAGUUCUUUUCUUUUUGUAAGUUUUAAUGGGGACAUGUUAGCGUUUUCGCCGAUUGUACUAAAACUAGUGUCGUGUUCAGCAAUCUUGAAUAGUUUCGAAAGAAAGUCAUGUGCCGGCAAGCUAAAUUGUGAUUGGCUCUUUUUCACAAAUUUUGUUUAAAACAACUACUGCCAUUGGCUGGUAACUUAGUAGGGUUUGAAAGUGAAUGCUAAUGCACCUUAGCAGGUUUUGCAAGUCUAUCCUAUUUUUGGCUGCAUCUAUAGGUACCCGGCUACCUAUAAUUGCCAAUGACUAUUCGCACCCGGAGUGGCUCCAUACAGAUUUAAUAGCUUCGGAGCCGGGUGUGAUAACAAUAAUAGUAUGAGAAUUAUUUUUUUUUUAAUUGUUUUUUUCUCCUUGUUAUUUCAUAGAUUCAUAGUUUUAUUCUUUUUAUUUUUUUUUUUAUUUUUGCUUUAUUAAUUUCUCGUAGGACGGGUAGAUUUUUUUUCUUUCUUAUUUUAUUUUUUAUUUUAAGCGAUUUUUGUAGAUAAUUUUUUUUAAAAAUCUAGUAAUGAAGAUGAUUUAGAUACAUUGAUUGUUUUCAUUUGAAUUUUAGAAAAGUAAUAAUAUUAAUUUAAUUAUUAAAAUUAAAUCCUUUAUUUAAUAUUAUUUAUGUGUAUUGUUUAAGUUAAAAGAUUUAAUCACACAGUACUUUAUGAAUUAAUUAGGUAUUCUAAAUAAUGAAAAUUUCAUUCA